GCUCAUAGUCUCAGAUGAUCAUUCUUCCACAACUUCACCACUUACAACAACACAGCCUAUCCAGAAACAUGAAGAUCAGAAAAUCUUGUGCUGUCCUUAUUGCAGUACUCCUGUUUAUAGUUGAAGGAGUUACAGGAGCUCGAAAUUCCCCGACUUUCUCAGGCCGUGGCUCAUGGCCGUGCAAACCCAAGUGUGAUGGCAGAACUUACAACCCCUCAAAGAAGUGUUGCGUUCAAGACACCAUCCUGCCCUUUCAUCAGACUAACUACUGUGGCUCUAACUGCAUCUACUGGCCCUGCUUUGAGCUCUGCUGUCCUGAUUCCUAUAGCCCCAAGAAGAAAUUUGUUGUCAAGCUGAAAGUUCAGGGAGAGAGAUCCCAUUGCAAUUCAUCCCCUAUCUCCAGGGACUGUGAAUGCAAAGAGAUUUUUUCAUGGAGAAGAUAUUGAAGAGCUUUCUCUUAGAGGAGGAGGUGGUACCCAGCCUUGAGAGUCUGCUUUCUUCCUGCGAGCACCAGUUCCUGAAUAUUCUUACUUGAAGAAUGGACACCUGAAGCAUUGGAGUGCAGAGAUAUAUGUGUCUCAUUACAAUGCUCAUUUGAAUAUUCUUUACUUAAGCAUGUAUUAGAAUAUUCCCCCAUAACUUCUAAAAGUAUCAUAUUUCGAUGCAACUAAAGAUAAAUAUAUCGGAGCCCAAGUCCACAGAGGAGGCAAGUCAUGCAAGUCAGGCAUGGGGCCCUCAUGAAAAUUCAAGCUGCGGGACAUAUGUCCCUCCUGCAUGCUCAGGGGGCUCCAGACCUGAAUAAAAGUCACACGUCUGUCUAGGAAAAGGAAAAGCAUCAUUACCCACAGGACCCCGUCAAGAUUAUAGAAGCAGCAAACUGUGGCUGAGAGAAAAGACUCUCAGACCAGACAAGUUCUGCAGUGAACUCCAAAGCUAUAGCUCCUGUGAGUAGUCCCCAGGCUGGGCUGGGCUGGGCUUUUUAGUAAUACAGCUUUGCCUUUGCGUCUUCCCUACCCUGUUAGUAACCCCUUGCCCGCACUCUCGUCCUUACAACCCAAAUAAACUGAUUGGCU